UUCAUGGCAAAACAAGACUCAUUCUCACUGAAGAAGCAAAGAAAGCAUAUUCACUGAGACCUGAGCUCUGGUUUGCAGGAUGGAUUCGCUGUCUUCUGUAGUUGGAGCUUAUGUGACCUGGGAUGUCAAAAGUCUGCUUCUCUUCAUUGCAAUGUUUAUCCUCACUAUAGAUUAUAUUAAGAACCGCCAACCUGCAAGCUUCCCUCCAGGACCAUGGGCUCUACCUAUCGUUGGCAACAUCUUCUCUUUAGACCACAACAGGACCCAUGAGAGUAUGACACAGUUAUCAGGGAAAUAUGGAGAUGUGUUCAGCCUGAGAAUGGGUCAGGAGUGGAUGGUGGUCUUGAAUGGCUUUGAGGUUCUGAAAGAAGCUCUUGUAAAUCAGGGGGACAGUUUUUCUGACCGCCCACCCCUCCCUCUGUAUAUGGACAUGUCCAAUGGUCUAGGUGUUGUUUUAAGUAAUGGACACUUGUGGAAGCAGCAGAGGCGUUUUGCUCUUUCAACCCUCAGAAAUUUUGGACUUGGCAAGAAGACACUUGAGCCUGUGAUUCUUGAUGAAUUAACAUAUUGUUUAAAGAAAUUUAAGAGUUAUGAAGGUAAGCCCUUCAAUCCCCACCUCCACAUAAACAACGCUGUCUCCAACAUUAUCUGCUCCAUGGUUUUCGGGCAUCGCUUUGAGUACACUGAUAAGAAGUUCAGGACACUGAUAGGUGACUUUGAGAAAGUGGUCGUGAGUCAAACAUCAAUUUGGGCACAGUUUUACAACUCAUUCCCUAAGCUGAUGAGAUACAUGCCAGGACAACAUCAUACAUUCCUGAAGGUUUCUAGUGAUAUAAAGGACUUCAUAAGAGAAGAGCUUAAGGAUCACAAGCAACACUGGGAUCCCUCAGACCAAAGAGACUACAUUGACUGCUACCUGAAUGAGAUAGAGAUGAACAAGGGGAAGGCUGACAGCACUUUUGAUGAAGAGAACUUGGUAGAAUGUGUCUGGGAUCUUUUCUUGGCUGGUUCAGAGACCACAUCCACCACCCUCCGCUGGGCUUUCCUCUACAUGGCAAAGUACCCUGAGAUCCAGGCAAAAGUCCAGGCUGAAAUAGACAGAGUUAUUGGACAGUCCAGGCCACCAUCAACGGAAGAUCGUGUUAACCUGCCCUAUACUGAGGCGGUCAUCCAUGAGGUCCAGAGAAUGAGCAACAUAGUUCCUCUCAGUGUGCCACAUAUGACCAACAGAGAUGUCCAGCUGAGAGGCUACACUAUCCCAAAGGGGAUCACAGUCAUUCCCAAUUUGACCACAGUCCUGUUUGACAAGAAUGAAUGGGAGACACCCUUCACCUUCAACCCCAGACACUUUCUGAAUGAGGAGGGCAAGUUUGUGAAGCAGGCUGCUUUCAUCCCUUUCUCUGCAGGAAAGCGGCUGUGCCUUGGUGAGAACCUGGCAAAGAUGGAGCUUUUUCUUUUUUUCACCUCGUUCAUGCAACACUUCACCUUCUCCAUGCCUGCUGGGGUGAAACCAGUGCUGGACUUCAUCUAUGGGAUCACUCUGGCUCCAUGUCAUUAUGAAAUCUGUGCAACCCCACGCAUGUAGAAGCUGUGGUUGACAAAGAGAAUCCAGAACAAAUCCGUUGUCAUUGUUUACUGUACUGUAAACUUGUUGUAUGCCAGACUUCUAGGGUUUAAAGAUUACUGACAAACUGAUAUUUUUGCUUUAAACAGAUGUUGUCCCUGCUAACAUCCCAUACUGCAGUAAGUCUGUUAUGACCUUCCCUUUUUGGGUUUUGUCAUACACAUCACGUUCCUAGAAAGCAUUUAAUGGUAGUUAUGACUGGGGAUGGUCAUAAUUAGCCAGCUAAAUGGUUCAAAUUUGAUUUCUUUGUAGUUGGCACUAGAAUUAUGAGUUAGUUAAACAAAUUCUCAAUUUUAUUUCAACUUAUAAACAUUUCAGGCCCACAGUCUUGAUCAAACGCUCAAUCAAAACCGUGGCUGUCACUUGUCGCCACUGUAGCUGUUCUUAAUUAUGACUGCCUUGCUACCUAAGUGCUCCAUAACCAAAUGUAAACAACUUGAUAGCUGGUAGCAUCAAUAGCAACAUAGUUUUGCAUUAUUUAGAUCUAGGAAACAAGGAUACACAUUCAGAUGCAGUGUCAGGUUAUACUCACAUAAAACCUUAGCAAUGGCUGACGAUAUUCAGCACAGGAAUGUGGAUGUUAACCUGCAUAGAGGAUGGAAGACCAGUGCUACUGGGACUGCUAAAAAUAGACACAGUCUGCAAAACACCGUUAUGGUGUGAAAUUGUGUUAACUCGACAUUAGACUUGGUUUAAUGCAACUUUAAUUGGCUGUAACCGGAUGUGAAAUUACUUGCUUAGGAGCAUCGCUAGAUAGGAUAUUCAUGUCCUCCUUGGCUCAGGUUGGUAUAUACAGUAAAUUUUUUAACUCACAUUUACAAAAAGACAUUGAUAAUUUGCCUUCUGUCAUUCAAGAAAAUAUACUAAAUUCCAGUCUCCUUCCUUGGAUUUUUAGUGAUGGUAGAUUUUGAAAAAUUACUUGCAUUAAGACCUUGAUUUCCUUUUUUGGCAUUUUUAAUAUACCUUUUAGAUUGCACAGUCUCAUUAAGGUUGGUGGCUGCUUUCAAAAAUGUAUUUUCUAAUAUGAAGGAGGUGACAUGAGUAGUAUAGUUGUUAGAGAUACUUUGCUUUCUUGUUUUCCUUUUAAAAUCUUGUUGAAUCAACUCCACACUGUCAUGUAUCUCACUAAAUUCUCAUGCAGAACCACAAACAAAGAGAUAUUGGUAUUGUUCAGUCAUCAUUAUUGUCAGUAUAGUAUACAGUGAAGAUAAAAAAUAUUCACUCCCUUGGAUGUUUUAUCCUUUUAUUGAUUUUAUAAAUCAAUCAUGGUCAAAAUAAUUUAGCUUUUUUUGUCAAAAAAACCCCCAAAACUAUUUAAUGUCAAAUGAAA